AUGCUGUUCCCACCCCUAUCCACCGCUCCCCUCGCCAUCAUCCUCGCUCUUCUGACCGGCAUUGUCUCCGCCGGCGUCCGCUUCCCCUCCAUACCGAUGCCUAGUCCUCGAGCUCUCAAGCAGGCUACCAGGGCUCAGAUCAUCGCUUGGCAUAAUCGUCCCCCUUCAGCUCUUCAACGAAGACAGGAGGCUAGUCCGCUACCCUUUCCCUUGAGCCAGUGUGCGGGGUACACCUCGACGGGCAGAACUCCCUACGCCCAAUUCACAAAUCUGGACUACAAUUCAGCAGUGGGCGCUACCAACUAUGCUGGAAUAGCAACGCGGGAGGCGUGCAACAAGAUUUGUGAGGACAUGCCAUCGUGUAUAGCAUCUACCUACAAGCUCGCCGAAUCCUCGUGCUUCACUGUCGUCAACUUCAAUUUUUACUUUACGGCGACCUAUGAGGUCACACGCAAGGCGCUUUCCUGCUCAGAUCCGGAGGCUGUUACUGCCUUGGCUCAAUUCCCCGGCUCCAGCUGCUGUACGAUGUACCGUGCUAAAUGA